GAAUCACAUUUUCCCCAGACAAUUAGAUCUAAAAGAAACAGCAAAGUCAUUGGAUUAUGAAGAUUAAGGCGAGUAAGUGGAUAGUGGGUGAUGGGAAAAAGCUCGAAGGGAGAUGCUGUGUAGAGAAUAUGUCGAAAUGAAUGUUAAAGAGACUAGAAGCACCAUGCUCACCCAAGCAUUGUUGACGUGUGGACCUCUGACAGAGGAGUUCCACUCUGUUUUCACUGGAAUCACCAACCUAAACCCAGGAAAGAAGAUAAUAAAGGAAACUUAGAUGUUGGCCACUGAUUAUGAAGAAGUAUUAGGCAUUUCUUUUUCAAAGGCAAAACAUUUGGAGCUAUUUUGCUUGAAGAUUAUGAGCUUAAUUUGUUAGAUAUUAAGCUUGAAAUAAUGAAUAAUGGAACUUAUUUAUGUUAAUAAGAUGAGUUUGGAACCAUGCACAAUGUUUUAGUUUCAUAGUUAGGAACAACUUCUUUUAAUUGGAAGAUAGGGACAACCAAAUGCAAUAAAACUUUGAGAUGGGAAGUUGAUAUGAUAUAACGGAUUGACACGGGUAUUUUUCAUCUUGUUUCAAAUUUUCUUUUUCUUAGCUAUUCGUGGUUAUUAGAUUUUAAGAGGAGGAGAUGAUUGUAAAUUCAAAUUUGCAAGGAAUUAACAUGCACUAACAUUUUUUUUUUUAAUGAGAUCAUGUACUAAUUUUAAAUAGGCUUGAUUCAACAAUUCUUGCCUUUGAAGUCAAAUAUAAAAUGCUUGAACAUUGCUUCAAGGGAGAGCAUAGAUCAACUUUUGGAUGGUCUUCAAUUGAUGACUGGAAAGAUGGUGUUUGGAAAAGAGACAAAGCUUUUGAGGGUGUUGCUAUGCCUGCCAUGAAUAAUAUUCUGUCAAAAUGGCUUCCUGUAGCUGGAGGAAGCAGAUCACUAGCUCUAGUAUACAGUGGGAUGUAUCUUGGCUCAGUUACUGGUCUGGCCUUUUCACCUUUGUUAAGAAAUAAGUUUGGAUGGCCAUCAGUCUUUUUCUCCUCUGGUUCUCUGGGAACAGUCUGGUUUGCUGUAUGGCUAAACAAGGUAACCAUUAUUCAACCAUGCUAAUCUUUAGUAUACAUGUCACUUUUGCAGAAUUUUGACUUUGCUGAAAUUGUAAUAGAAGUUAACAUUGUGC